GUCGUCCAAUGGAACUUCUCUUAAGCAUCCGCAACGACCGGACACUGUCUUUGAUGUCGUCCAAUGAUGGAAUGACACGUUGUCCAAAAAUGAAUGAACCCUACCCCACCACCCAUCCCACUGAUUUAAACUAUGCUCAAUUUUUAGUGUACCCAUAACCCAAUUCCGAGGCAGAGAGCUGCAGCCGGCGACGAGGUUAAGAGAGGAGGAGGAAAUCGUCGAUCAGAAUGAGGGAUUACGCUGGAUUGCUGAUCGCGACGGCGCUCUUCGCGUUCCUGACGCCGGGAUUGCUGAUCCAACUCCCUGGCAAGCAUAGGCCCGUCGAAUUCCUCAACAUGAAGACUAGUGUGGCUUCCAUGGUGCUACACGCUAUUGUUUACGGUUUGCUUCUGGUUCUCUUCCUUGUCGUUCUCAAUAUACACCUCUAUGCUUAGCCUGACUUGAUUCUAAACACGUAACCUGUAAUUCCUCUUGUCUGCUGCCUGCUACUGUUCAGUUUGAAGUGUAUGCUCGAGAUGCGGUGUAAAAUUCAGUUUGUAAUGUGAAUUUGCAGCA